AUGCCAAUCACUAGGCGUAACGGUCAACUGUGGUCCUGUGAACCAUGUCGCAAAUCAAAGCUACGUUGUGAUCAUGCAACUCCGAUUUGCGGCCGAUGCACCAGACGCGAUAAGCAGCAUCUCUGCGUCUAUCACCCAUCACCCCUCACACGAGCAGUGACACCCGGAGAGAAACGUUCCCGUCGAAUUACAAAGCCGACAGAGCGCAGCAUUGAUUCGGAUGACUGGAGUCAAAAGAGGGUCACAUCCGCACCGGGGUUUCUUGGCCAUACUAGCUACUCCGAUGCGUUCAGAGAUAACGACAGUGGACUGGAGUUGGGGGGUAUAUCAUCGCCCCCAGAUGUUGUUUCUGUCGAUAUUGAGCGGAUCCAGCGGGGUGCACGGGCGUUGGUAAUGCUGAAACAUAUUUCAUUGUACCGGGAGAUGUUGAGUGCUCGUUACAAAACCUGGCAAGGCUGGACCUUUGGCUGGCCAGUUAUACUCAUGAUACUGACACAGACCGAAGAGAUGUGGGACUCACUUCAAAAUGAAGAAGCCGAUGAAACAACGCAGACACUCUUGCUGUCCAAGAGGUUGUUUGAGAAACAGACUCAGCCGCUGGAUGUCCAUUCAGAUACAACAUGGCAAGAAUUUGCGUCCGGCAGUGUUGGGCGCUGGGAAACAAUCGGCUUAUUGUUCACUCUCGUCGGUCUGGGGAUUGAUACCAUCCCUCGUGAUUCUCUUUGGAAGUAUGAUGAGUUGGGAGAUGCAGAGCACGUCGCAGCCACAAUGGUGGCAAUCGGGGAACUUUGUCUUCAAUUCUGCGAGAGUGCCGGAAUCAUCAAUGACAUUGUGUGCUCGCUGCUCCUGCAUCAUAGUCUACUGGUUUCAAUAGUGUAUGGCGAUGGCGUACUUGAACCUGGUCUAAUGAUGAACGCAGAUCAUCGAUCCUGGCGCAAGUUAGGUGAAUUGUCGACUACUCUCUUUGCCUUUGGACUCCAUCAAGAGCCGGUGAAUGUGCCAUUUUUCCUCCAUGAGGGUCGCAAGCGGACAAUGGUGGCAGCAUAUGAUCAUGAUAAAUCGCUUGCGACAUUUCUUGGCCGCCCACCACUCAUCGGCUGGCGGUAUUGUGAGCUUACAAUGCCUUUGGACCUCAGUUGGGACGAAAUCUACGCCGAACCUGGGAUACGACAAGCAGCCAUUAAUAAUUUGACCCCGGAUGGCUGGAACCAGAAAGGAUGUAUUCAGAAUGGUGCUUUAGCUCGUGUCUGUCUUUUAUCUGGUAUUUUCCGGGAAAAGGCGCUGGAGUUGUCGCUUGGUCGCCAGACUGAAGAUCUACCAGAACGGGUUGAGGACUUGUCACGGGAGUUACAUGAACAAUACGACGAUUUACCUGACUUCCUUCGUUGGAGUUCCGUAGGAAACUGCUCAGCAAAGAAGACCCCCGAUGAUCGCCUCCAGAUUCUCCAAAUUAAUCUUCGUCUAGAAUACAUCUAUCACGACUUCCUGCUACAUAGAAAUUUGGCCAAGAGAACAAAGACCACAUCGGACAGAAUCAUCAGUGUUUCACUCGAGAUUAUGACUACGCUUAUAUCGUUGGUCGCCAGAAUAUUGGAAUAUCAAACGCCAAGAGUGAACGCUGCUUGGAGUCUCUGCAAUGUCGGAAUUCCCUCAGCUGGUGUCCUAUCCGCUGAGCUUCUACGGCAAUCCCGGUUACGGACACCCGAGCAAUCAACUUUCUCACGCUCUGACAUUAUCCAGAAACUUAGCAUCUUUGCAUCAUAUCUAGAGACCACGAUCCGUCACGGUGAGGGCAACUAUCACAUUGCUCAACAGGGCCAACGGGCAAUUCGUCGUGUUUUGGAUCAGGUUCUUGCAACUUCUGCCUCGACCAAUCCGUCCGCGUUUGAAUCAACAGAGUUGGGCACCAGGGAAGAAGGGUUAGAGUAUUCGGAUUUAUUGGAGGGCAUUGAUAUUGAGGAUCGAGGACCAUUUCUAGACUGGCUCGAUGGGACGACCGAGUUUCACGAGUCAUGGCUUUCCGGGAUAAACUGGAGUUGA